AUGGCCGCUACACUUGUUAAACCACCAAAUUCAACAUAUACAUUUGCCAGUCAACCUAAAGCCGUCCAACAAUUGCAAGGACAACGACAAAAGUUUCGGCAAGCACCUGUUGAUUCGCAGGAUGAAAGCAAUAUUUAUGGAAACAUCAUGUAUGAUCGUCGUGUUAUCCGUGGAAACACUUAUGCACUUCAUACACUUCCUGCUAAUGCUCAACCAGAUCCGAUUGAAGUUCAACGUCAACAAGAGGCGAAACGACGAGCGAUAGCAAGACGAAAAGCUCGAGAACAGAUUCGUACAAGAACACCUGAACCUGUACAUGAUCGAAGAAAUGUUGACGUUCAAACUGAACUCUAUCUUGAAGAACUCAGCGAUCGAAUAGAAGAAGCCGAUGUUGACGUUCAAACAGAUGCAUUUCUUGAUCGUCCACCAUCACCUUUAUUCAUUCCACAAUCAACUGGCAAAGAUGUUUCUACUCAAAUUGAAGAUGGCGAUUUGUUUGAUUUCGAUCUCGAGGUAAAACCAAUCGUUGAAACACUAGUUGGUAAAACAGUUGAACAAGCAUUGAUUGAAGUCGCCGAAGAAGAAGAACUUGCCGAAAUUCGUGAACAACAACGAGAAUAUGAAGAAUUGCGUAAUGCUGAAUUAAUUGAAUUACAACGAUUAGAAGAACAAGAAAGACGUUUAAGAGCUGAGAAAGAUCGACGAAUGCAACAAGCGAAAGAAUCACUUCAAGCUGAACAAGAUGUUGCACAAAAGAUUGCAGCGCGAGCUUUUGCUAAAGCCUAUUUACAAGAUCUUGUUCCAAGUGUAUUUAACAACUUGAGAGAAAAUGGAUACUUCUAUGAUCCUGUUGAACACGAAAUUGAAACAUCAUUUAUGCCUUGGUUAAUGAAUAAGACUUUGUCACAUGUUAAUCAAUUAGUACUUGGUCGAACUAUUCUUGAUUCAAUUAUUCGUGAUGUUGUCAAUCAACGAAUUGAUGAUUAUGAAAAAUUAGCAGACACAUUAAAACAAGUUAUUGAAGGUGCCGUAGAUAUGGGAACAUCAACUGGUGAUGUUGUACUAAAUACUGAUCGACAUGAAUCGGGACAUGAUGAAGCACCUGUGAAUACUAAUGACGAAGGAGAAACAAAUGUCAGUGCCUUGCCAACUGAUGAUAUUCUUGAUGAACGUGAUGAAGAUCAAGCAAAUGCAGAAGAAGAAACAGGCGCUGAACAAUAA